CUAUCACCUGUAGACCGUGAGACAAAAUUUUGGAAGUCGACUAGAAGCCUUGUUCCUGGUGAAAAAACGUUGUGCAAUGGCUACAGAGCAAGAGUUUCAACAGUCAUGGGAAGAAAAGGCACAACUGCCCAGGAAGAUACGCAAUGAAUCAGUUGCACGUGUCGAGCCCGCUCUACAAGGCUUACCAGAAACACUGCCCCAGAACUCCCAGGGCCUUGCGAAAUCCGUGCUCACACCGCGGGAACUCGAGAUCACAGAAAACUACAGCGUGGCUGAACUACUAGCGAAGCUCCGAAGCAGAGAACUUUCGUCUGAAGAAGUCACGAGAGCCUUCCUGCGACGGGCUGCUCUCGCGCAUUAUGCAACAAACUGUCUUACCGAGCUUCUCUGGGAUGAGGCCAUCGAGCGAGCACGAUAUCUCGACUCGCUACCAGAGCCUGUUGGACCGUUACACGGGUUACCCAUCAGCACGAAAGAACACCAUGGUUCGAAGUCCAAGAAUGGCACUGCUAAUGGCUCCUACGUGGCUUGGAUUGGGAAGCCGCAAGGCUCAAUUCUUCUAUAUGACAUCCUGUGGGACGCCGGAUGUGUGUACUACGCUAGGACAACGCAGCCACAAACAGUCAUGCACCUGGAGACCGAGUCGAACAUUUAUGGCAGGACAGUCAACCCUUAUAAUCGGAACCUAACCCCUGGGGGUAGCAGCGGAGGCGAAGGAGCUCUGAUCGGGUUCCGUGGUAGCUUACUAGGCAUUGGCGGUGACAUCGGAGGCAGCAUUCGGUGCCCUUCUGCACAUAACGGCAUAUACGGCUACAAGCCAACUACGAAACGUGUGCCGACGAGUGGCACGCGCGGCCAUAUGCUGGGUAAAGAGACCAUACUCUCGACACUCGGGCCCAUGGCCAAAGAUCGAGACUCACUUGAAUUGUUCAUGAAAGUUGUUCUCGAUGCGAAACCAUGGCGAUUGGAUCCUGGUUUAACCACCAAAAUGUGGACACCAUAUCGUUUUACGAGGCCCUUGAAGAUUGCGGUGCAGUGGUGGGACGGUGUCGUUAUGCCCCAUCCGCCGAUGACUCGAGCAUUACGUGAAGUUGCCGAUGCAUGCAAGGCCGCAGGUAUGGAAGUGGUCGAGUGGGACUGCACGAAACUGGACCACAAGAAAGGAUGGGAUAUUACUGCGGGACUAUACUUUCCAGACGGCGGCGCCGAAGUUCUUGGCCUAUUAGAGGGUGCUGGUGAGCCUGUCUUGCCCCUGACUAAGUUCAUCAUCCACGAGCAGCCGACCGUUAAGAGCUAUAACAUGCAUGAAUUAUGGGAGCUUUGUCUCGAAAGAGAUGCCUACCGAGAGCGGUAUGCCCGCGCUUGGACAGAUACAGGUAAAGAAGACGGUCGAGAUGUCGAUGUCAUCCUUUGCCCGCCGUCAUUCGGUGCAGCGACACCUCACGAGCAGUCGCGGUACUGGGGCUACACCUCGAACUGGAAUCUUUUGGACUACCCUGGUGUGGUGUUUCCCGUGACUACAGUCGACCAAGAGAAGGACAAGAAAGACAUAGAUUACGUACCGAAGAAUGCGGAGGAUAAGUUUGUGUACGAGAUGUACUCGCCCGAGAAGUACGAGGAUGCGCCGGUGAGCUUACAGAUCAUUGGAAGACGGAACUAUGAUGAGAAGGUCAUUGCUGCUCUCAUAGAGAUUGAGAAAGCCAUGGGCAGGAAGUAGCCUUUCAUGCCGAAUCUUUUUGGGGUGUCUAUUACGAGUAUAGUCCGUAAGGUAGGGGCAGCGAGUUGAAGAGUAGCCCGUCUAUACUGGACCGAUUGAACGUUUGCUUGAGC